GCAUUAAAUUAAGUACUCCGAUUAAUUUAGUCGCUGACUUGAGAUGACCACGAUUUCUAAUGGAAGUGCGGCUCAGAAUACUGCUGGGGAGGCUGCUCAUGUGGAGCUGUCACACGAGGAGGCAAAUGCAGGGCAGCAAAGAUUCAGCAAACACGACAAGUGCCGCAUUAGAAACCUUCUGAGUGCAGCUGCCAUUUUCUUUGCCCUCAUGCUCAUUGUAGGUGCUAUCAUUUUGCACACAAACCAGAAGAGUCACUUUGGACGAAUGAACAUCGAUCUGGGCAAGAAGUUCCAGCAGCAGCAAAAGCAGCAGGAGAAUGUCACUGAUAUAAUACUUCCUUUUGAAGUAGUUACUGCACCAGCUGUGGCUGCCCUGAGCACAGAGCUGGUUAAUGAGGAUUGUCUAGAGUGCAUUGCGUUCACAGCCACCGCCAACAAGCCGACAAUGUGUAGCAAAUCCCCAUGCGGCAUCUAUCGCAUCUCUCGUCCUUUCUGGCAGGAUGCAACGCGUACAGUGACGGCAGCUGGAGUCGAGGAUUAUGAGGGCUGUGUAACAAAUCCCGACUGUGGAGCGGCGAUAGUGAAGGGUUAUAUGAAGAGCCAUCCUGUGGAUUGCGAUGGUGACGGAGUGAUUUCAUGCAAGGAUCGUAUAAUGUUGCACAUACUAGGACCCACAGGCUGUAGAACGAAACCACUGCCGGGCAUUUUCCUGACGAGAAUGGACGAGUGUCUGAGAUUGAAAAUGUUUGAAUAGAAAAAAAGCACUCCGAGGGGAGUAUUCGCAUGUGUGAGAAA